AUGUCUCUGUAUAUGCCAGGCCCGGUGAUCGCGUUUGAAUGCUGACGUACUGUACAAGUGGCCUGUGGCACAGUGCUGAGCACGCGUAGUGAGUAAGUGGGACACACACACACACAUACACAAAAAACGUGGGACAGGCAUGAGCGAAAGCAAGAAAGGUGGGAGGAAGUCGUCGGACUCCAGCUGCAGUAGCAGCGAUGCGCCCAGAGCGUCGCCUUCUCGAAAACUCUCUCUUCCCGAGAAAGUAGUGUCGAUUUCUAAAAAGGCAUUUCGAGGUUUAUUGCAAAUGGACGUCUUGUCGUCUUCGACGGAGUUUUAUUACAAGGUGAAAGUGAAAACCGGGAAUAAACUUGGAGCCGGCACUGACUCCAAUGUUUACUUGGAGGUGGAAGACGCAGAGGGUCGAAAGACCGGCAAAGAGAAAUUAGAUCAUCGGUUCGUGAAUGAUCACGAAAUGGGGAAAGAAUAUUGGUAUAACUUGAAACCUGCUGCUGGCAUGGGACGAGCGCAUACGUUGCAUGUCUUCCGAGAUUCCAAAGGAGUUGCUGACAGCUGGUUUCUGGAUCACAUAUUGGUUGAACACGUGAACAGCAACCAUGAACCCACUGUCUUUCCUGUUUGGCGAUGGAUUCGACCCCACCACAAGUAUAUCUUGCGAGAAUACGAUUCGGCACUGCCAAUGUAUUCACAUGACCCUGAAGGUCGCGCGAAGGAACUCGAAGAAAGGCGGAAAGAAUAUCUUUACGCUAUCAAAGUUCAUCCAAACGGACCGAUUCAGGUCAGUGAACUACCGUACAACGAGAAGUUUGCGCCAGACUUUUUUUUGGAAUUUAUUCAGGACAGGCUGAAAUUGCUGAAGACCAGCAAAUGGAUUAAAUUCAUAGCUUCUAAUUGGAAAUCGCUUGAUGACAUAGAAAAAGUGUUCAAUGUCUCCUCCAAGCUACCUCCUCCGGAGUAUUCAAUAAAGUACUGGAAAGAAGACUGGUAUUUUGGUCUGACCAGAAUCCAAGGAGUGAAUCCGUCUGUAAUAAAAUUGUGUCGAGAAAUUCCGCAGGGGUUCCACGUAACUGACGUCCUGGUUCAGCACCUGAUAGACGGCUUGACAAUUCAGCAAGCAAUCGCUGAUAAGAAACUGUUCAUUAUUGAUUAUAAAAUUUUGGAAGGAAUACCCACGCAAGAAGGCACGACACUCUGCAUUCCGUUUGCGUUAUUCUUUGUAAAAGACGAUGUUCCGAUGCCAGUAGCGAUCCAGUUGCAGCGGAAGGACGAUUCCCCGGUUUUCACUCCGGACGAUGAUCCGCAUUUGUGGCAAAUCGUCAAAAUGUGGUGCAAUAAUGCUGACGCAUCACAUCAUCAAGCGUGUUCACACUUGGGGUUGACACACUUGAUCAUGGAAGGCGUGUGUGUGUGCACUCAUAGGAACCUCUCACCGUCUCACCCGUUGUUUAAACUGCUUGCUCCGCACUUCCUAUACUUGCUUGCUAUCAAUGCGAGGGGCCUGGAUUUGCUGAUUGCGCCCGGAGGAUGGAUUGAUAAGACCAUGGCGAUUGGAGUCAAGGGGACUUACGAACUAAUAUCUAAGGGAUGCGAGCAGUGGGACUUCGUUGAACAAGGGAACGUGGAUAAUCUCAUCAGAAACAACGGCACGACUCCCGAUGUUUUGAAGUAUUAUCCGUAUAGGGAUGACGCGUUGGAUAUUUUUCGUGCCAUCAGAGCGUAUGUGGAUGAAGUUGUUCGGCUGAUCUAUGCCGAAGAAGACGAUCUGUUGAAGGACCAGGAAUUGAGAAAUUGGCGUUUGGAAAUGACAAGACCGAAAAUAUCGAAUGGAGCCACCGGAUGCGGCGGCUUAGGGUUGAAAAAUGUUCCCGGGGACGAUUUGGAGGGCUUCCGAACCGUGGAAGAAGUUAUUGAAACUAGACCCAAAACGGAAGAAGAAAUAUUGGCGCUUAUUCCGUCGAAGACAAUCACCCUUGAUGUUAUGACAAUUACUCGCCUGCUUUCUCGAAGAGGCACGAAUAAAUUGGGCGAUUUUGAGGUGCAAUACUUGUAUGAUCCAAAAUACACUGCAAUCGUCGACAAAUUUCGAUCUGAGCUUGCGAGGCUUUCAAAUCUUUUCAAACAUAAAACCCGCAAGCUUACCUACGAUUGUUUGGAUCCUGACGGAGUGCCGAAUUCCAUAAGCAUUUGAAGCAGGUUCGGUGAUCGUGAAAGGUCGGCGAGGGCUUUCUUUCCUCCAAGAAUGGAGAGAGCUGUUGCUUUUUGUUCUGAAUUUUCAAGAAACUUAAAAGCUUAAAAAAUCGUGGUUGCUGCUUUGAAGUUAUCAGGCAGCCUUUUAUCUGAAGUUAUUCCCAUGCUGAAUCGGCGAUUUCUCGAGGUUAUCACUCAUCAGUAUUUCUUCCUCUGAAUCAGUCUUUCCUUAUUGACCUUAUUCAAAGAAUCUUUGGAUUUCUUUUCGAGAUUUAAGAAGGGUGAGCAAGAGUCGGUGAGUAUUGCCUUUCUGUCGCGGGAAACGGGGAGCAGACCUAAUGUAAAAGAAGGUCCACAAGAAGGUUUGCGUGGACCAUUAUCUAUUGUGCGUCGCUUAGUACUCCUUUUCUGAUGGAUGUUGCUUAGCAAUUGUCUUCAAUAAUUUGUGCCAACAACAUCAGUUACGUGCCAACUAUGUUUUGCUUUGGAUAUGCUGGGCUCCAUUGAACGUGUACGUGAACCAUUGUGAUGACGAUGUUUUUGGAAUGUUGACGUGUGUUGUUAUCCUUUUUCGUCCUACAGCUGAUGUAAUAAAAUAUUUUGUGGAAGGAUGAA